AUUUAUUCUAAUCUCUAAUACUCAUGAUAAUUCAAUUUCAAGCUUCUAAUUUUCAAGAACAGCUAUUUCUUAAGAUUGGAGCCAGAUUCCGAGUUCCAAGCAAUUUUCAGCCUUGCUGCUUGCCCUGUCAAUCAGCACAGGGAUUAUCCAAAAAAAAUGUCUCAGCCGAGCUCUCCAGAUCAAAGCCAGAACCUCUCUCGAAAACAACGACGACAACUCCGUCUCCGGCAAGAAUUAGCCUUGACUCUCACAUCAUCCGACACAGAAAAUGAUUCAGAUACCCUAGCACCAUCAAUUCAUAUUCCUCGAUUCCUCUCAAUGGCUUCGCCCAUCCGACUUCUGGUCUGCUCAAUCGGCAACCCAGGUCCAUAUAUCAAUACCCUCCACUCUGCAGGCCACACCGUCCUCUCCGCCCUAGCAUCUUCUCUCUCCUACCCUUCCUUCCAGAAAUCUCGCGCCUACGCCAAUGGCCUCAUAUCCAUCGGCUCAGACUUCACUCUCUGGCAAUCCGCAUCUCUCAUGAAUGUCUCCGGUCCAAGCGUCGCCUCUGCAUGGCGGCAAUUCCAGAAAGAAUCUCGCGGCGAGGAUACACGUCUGGUAGUCGUACAUGAUGAGUUGGAGAUAGCGCUUGGACAGGUGAAGGUUAGACCGGGGACUGCGAGUGCGAAAGGCCACAAUGGCUUAAAGAGUAUAGGGGAGUCGCUGGGUGGGAAGGACUAUAUGAGGAUCGGGGUGGGCAUUGGACGUCCAGAGAGUAGGGAUAAGAGGGAUGUGGCGGAUUAUGUUUUGAAGAAGAUGAGUAUGCUUGAGAGGGGGAAGAUUGAGGGGGCUGCUGGGAAGGUGGAGAUGGAGCUGAGGAGGUUGAGCCAAGGGUAGUCGCUGAGGGAAUGAGUGUCAAGAACUCAUCCCGAAAUCGACGGUGUGGUUUCGAGAUCUCCAACGCACUUUUACCUCAGACAAAGGAAGGAAUGCACAUGCCCCGAUUCUAGGAGCCAUCAACCACCUAGAGGCGUACCAGGCAAAGGUCACAAGAGCUCAAGGCUGCCAAAUUUCACGACAGGAUGUCCAAUUCCGGAAGAUCAACAGAAGAUUUUGUUCGGACUGUUCAUAAUGGAGAUCACAGAUGAGGUGGAAAAAGAUGUUGGUUGUCCAGCCAUGAUGGGGCAUUCAAGCGAAGGUCGAUAACGAGGCGACAAACCGACCAGCGACGAAGGGAGGGACCUAUUUGUGAAUUUGGGGAAGGUUUUCUUUGUAAUUGACUGUAGAAGGCCUUCGCGUUACCAAGUGCUGGUGACAGAUCAGGUCAUGUAAUAUAUAGCAUGAGCGACUAGAUGGCAAGAAGCUAAUAGAAUUACUCCCAUUCCAAAUUGAGUGAUGAAACACUUGGAGAGAAAAGACUGGACAUAUAGACAGUACUUGGUGAAGAUUCAAAUGCGAGAAAGACCUAUUUUGUCAAUAUUAUCUCUUGCUCAGGUUAUGCCAAUCUUCUAUCUACCCCUGUGGCUUGCUUUCGUGUUAAACUAGAUCCUCCGUUGACUUUGAGCGUCUCCUAUCUAGAUCAGAAAUUCAGAUAGACGUUCAUUCCACUUUGCGGUCAUGAGGUCAUGAUCUUUCAUAAAAUGAAGACAAUCCUCACAAUGUGGCCCUUAAAAAAAUCUUCCAAAUAAAAAAUUACUAUGAAACGCUUCUAAAAUGAGUUCAAUGGGGCCUCCUGAACUGCGAAU